ACAUCGCCCAAAAAAACAGAACUCUUCCCAUUGGCGCAAUGAAGACGUUAUUGCGAUUCAGCCAUUACACUACUGAAAAGAGCGCAAACUUCAGUCUCAACGUUACCUGCGAACGAUCUUGCCACUUCAUGCAACAAAACGAAGUUGGGGGAGGCGUUCGUCGGUUGCAAGAAAACCCAAAAACGGGCCGUGGGCCUUUUACUCGUUCAUUUCCAAUCCCCCAAGGCCCAUAAAUCAGCGCCUCGUGGAGAAUUGAAUGACAUCCCGUCAUCUCGUCAUCCGUUUCGUCGUCAUCGUUUCCCAACAGAUAAGGAGCAGAGGCUGAGGCAGACUGCAGAGUAGGAGUAAAAUACUCCCCGGUCACGGAUUGAUUUCUUAAGGUUUUCUUGAUUUUUUUUUUUUUUUUGACGAUACGGAUGCCAGUAUAACCAUUGAUGUUUCUGACUGAGCAAAGAGGAAAACUAACCUGAAAAUCUGUGCCUUAAGAACAAUAUUAAGGCUUGGCUCGAACCCUUUGUCAUUAUUUCUGAGGGGGCAAAAAAAAACUGACUUUAGUUUCAUUUCAGAAAUUUUCUGAUUAUUCCAUGAAAUCACUUCCCUACUUCGCUAUUCGAAUUCAUUUAGACUGGCUUCUGUUAUGGUGAAAGGCUGGCAGUUUUUGAAUUUUUGAUAGUGCAGCUAUAGAAAGUAGUUCAUAUUCAGUUUUCUUUGUUGGAUUGUGCGGAUAUUCACGCUGAUUAUGAAAUAAUGAGGCAUAAAUGUUCCUCCAAUUCUUUCUCUUGAAAUGAAGUUAAGCUUAAGCAGUUUAUAUCGAUGUCCUAACUUCCCCACAAUCCUUAAAUCUUCUGCUUUUAGUAGUCCUUGUCGAUCCUUAUGUUUUUCAUCGCUAUCAUCUCCACAGACAUCUCUAAAACCCCAAAUUCCGCUCUUUCUGAGGCCACCCAAAUACUCAACCACACUGCAUGACCUCAAAAAGUGGCAUGACUGGGCCAAAAAUCUUGCUUCUUCAAUAGGGUCAACCUUUGAGCAGUCUGAUAAUGGGCCAGACUCAAGUCUUUUGUGUAGGGAGCUCAAAUGGCUCUUGGAGGAUGCUGUUGAAGACCACACUCUCUUUCCCCAAAUGGGUGUUCAAAAUGAUAGGAGAGUAACACUGAGGGCACAGGUAGAUGAGCUUUACAAUCUAUGGAAGCAGAGAAUCCAUGAGAGGAGACCUUUUCAGUAUAUAGUCGGAUGUGAGCAUUGGAGGGAUUUGGUGUUGAGCGUCCAAGAGGGUGUCUUGAUUCCUAGACCCGAAACAGAACAUAUUAUCGAUUUGGUGUCCGAUGUGGUCUCAAAAGAUGACGAAUUGAAGGGAGGUGUUUGGGCAGAUUUGGGGACAGGAAGUGGUGCCCUUGCCAUUGGAAUUAGUAGGAUUUUGGGAGCUGAGGGGAGGGUUAUUGCCACAGAUUUAAACCCAGUAGCUGUUGCUGUAGCAGCUUACAAUGUGAAGAGGUAUGGUUUAAAGGAAAUUAUUGAAAUAAGGGAGGGAUCAUGGUUUGAACUAGUGAAAGAUGUGGAAGGAAAGCUUUCGGGUCUUGUAAGUAACCCACCAUAUAUUCCAAGUAAAGAUAUCCCUGGUUUGCAAGCUGAAGUUGGAAGACAUGAACCAAGAGUUGCAUUAGAUGGCGGUGUUGACGGCAUGGAUGCGCUUCUCCAUCUCUGUGAUGGGGCCGCUUUAUUCUUGAAGCCUGGUGGAUUUUUUGCCUUUGAGACAAAUGGCGAGCAACAGUGCAGGGCUCUUGUUGAUUACAUGGAAAAUUAUAAAAGCACAAGCUUAUGCAACUUUGAAAUAGUUCCUGAUUUUGCUGGUAUUCAGAGAUUUGUGACUGGAUUUCGUCGACAAGCAAUCUGAGUUGAAGAUAUAUGUUAGAGUGUUUUUGGUUUUGGCGGUUUGCAUUAUAAAACAAAGGGUUAAGACCACUUUUAGUUUUAGUGUGUAUUUGGUUUUGGCAGUUUGCAUUAUAAAGCAAAGAGUUAAUACCACUUUUAGUUUUUAUGAUUUGAUUGAAUUUUGAUUUUGACUGUGUAGUUUCAAA